AACCCAAGUCCAAGCGGCGCUAUCCGACAAGGACACGUUAGUCCUGGGCGGCUCCAUGCUCAUGAGGCGCGUGGCGGGGGCGGCUCCAUGGUGGCGGUGUUUCGCAGACAGAUGGAUGCAUACCAGACGGCCGAGCUGGUGGCAGUUGUUGGGAUUCGAACCCAGCUCACUCUGUCUACUGCACGACAAGUGUCGCCGUCCGUGAAGGCGACGGCAGGGGUGACGUGGCAUGCUGAUGAUGGCUCGCUGUCAUUGGCCAAUUCGUGGACGUCCCAGAUCACAGAAUCCACUGCAGCAUCUAUCAACAUUGGGUUGGGAGCCGAUGGAGGUGCAGGAGUGGGGUGGCACACACAAAAGGACAAGAAUAAUUUCAAUGCAGAGCUUAAAGUGGGAGCAGGUUUGUCCUCAGGGGCCUCACAGCGACCUUCGUCAGAAGGUUCUCAGAACAUUCAUCAGGGAGAAUACACGGCAGGCUGGGAACGAGCAGACGUGGAGGUGGGUGGCAGCAGGAAGAUAUCGGACAACAGCUCUUUGGGGUUCUUUGUCACCAUGGGGCUCCAGGGCACACUAUGGAAGGUUCGCUACUCUCGAGGCGGCCAGAAGGUCACUGUGCCUAUUCUCCUCUCCCCCACUCUACGACCAGCCAUCAGCGUUCCGGCCAUUCUCAUUCCCUCGGUCACAUACGCUGUCCUUAAGCAUUGGGUGUUCAGCCGGUGGAAACAGAUCCGGGAGGCUCGGCAGGACCGGGAGGUUCGGCAGAAGUCAGCUAAGCAGGUCUGGGAGUCCAUGGCUGAGGCUCGGCAGCUCCAGGACAUGAUGACCCCGGUGGUAACCAGACGGGUAACCGCGUUACAGCAGCGGCAAAACGGCAACGCUCUGAUGAUCAUAUCGGCGAAAUACGGACGCCUGGGAGGAGCUGGGGGGGAAGGAGAGAGGGAGAGUCGAAACGAGAGCACGAAUAGUGGCAAUGGCAGUGGCAGUGGGGUAGUGGUAGUGGUAGUGGUGGUGGUAGUGGUGGGAGGGAAGGGGAAGGGAGAAGAGCUGCAUCUGGAAUUGGCUCGAUGUUUGAGAGAAUAGGCGGGCUGCUCAGGAGAGGUUUGGGAGGAAUCGGAGGGGGAGGAGGAGGAGGAGAGGAGGGACAACACACUACAGGUGCGUGCGAGGUGCUUGCGCUGCUCCUCUGUGCGUGAGUAUGGGAUGAAGAUGAGUGGGAGCGGAGAGCGUGGUGCUGCGUACCUCCUGCAGUGUGGGAUGUGCGCAUUCCACUGCAAUUCCUUGUCGAUGAUGCAAGCAACACGCUGCAGGUGAGUGUCUGAGUGUGUAUGUGUGUAUGGGUGAUGAGUUAGUGUGCGCAUGUACGUGCAUAUCUGCAUGUAUGCAUCUUCGCAUUCUUCUCUUUCUCCUCCCCUGCUACCCAAGCCAGUGAGCAGGAAAGGCGAUGCUCAACCCUGUGCUAAGACUGCUCCGGAUCCCAG